CAAAUCGUGACGCAAUAGUGUAUGCGUUCGACUGUUUUUUAAUUGUAUAAUAUACCAGCGCUGCGCCAUAUCGUGCAGAAGUCUCACGUAUUUGUGCUCAGUUUUUGUUUGACAGUCGAGUUGGAGGAAGGCCCAGCAUUAGGAAGAAAAUUUCGCCCACAGACUAAUUACUAGGAAAAGGGAAGGAAAAAAGCCCUCAACGAGCCACCCAGGAAGGGAAGUCAAAUUAUUGCUGGCUUUGGGCUGACGCGGCGAUAUUUGCAUUUCUCUCGGUAGUGAAGUGGUAAUAAUAGUUGUCGUUAAGUGUGGUGCUGAUUACUCAAGAAAAAAAAACAGCACAAACUGCUGCAGGCGAGAUAAUCUGCAAUCUUCGGGUGAUUUGAAGAAAUUGUGAGAUAAAAAAAGAAUCAUGAGUAAACAUAUGUAUUCGACGGCCAAUCUAACCGAUGUGGAGCUCAAGGACCAGGGCAAUCGAAUGUUCUCAUCCCGAAAAUAUGACGACGCCAUCAAUCUCUACACAAAAGCAAUUAUAAAAAAUCCGACCAACGCCACCUAUUUCACCAACCGAGCACUAUGUCACAUCAAGAUGAAACGCUGGGAGUCCUCGUGCACCGACUGUCGGCGAGCGCUGGACAUGGAUCCCAAUCUUGUCAAGGGCCACUUCUUUCUGGGACUCAGUCUGAUGGAGCUCGAGUCGUAUGACGAGGCGAUCAAACAUCUGAUGCGGGCCCACGACUUGGCCAAGGAACAGAAGCUGAACUUUGGGGAUGACAUCGCAUCACAGCUGCGGCUGGCUCGGAAAAAACGCUGGAACAUACAGGAGGAAAAGCGAAUAUGCCAGGAAAUCGAGCUGCAAAGCUAUCUCAAUAGACUAAUCACCGAAGACAUGGAAAAUAGAAUAGCAAAACUCAAACUAGAUGACACGUUAAAUGAAGAGGUUUUGAAGGAAGAAACCGUGAAACUUGAGGGCGAAUGUGAACACCACACAACCGAACUGAAUAACAUUUUCGCAAAAGUCGAUGAAAGACGAAGGAAACGAGAAGUACCUGAUUACUUGUGCGGCAAAAUUAGCUUCGAACUGCUGGUGGACCCGGUCAUUACACCGUCCGGUAUGACCUACGAGCGCAAGGACAUUGAAGAACACCUACAGCGGGUCGGCCACUUUGAUCCGGUGACACGAGUGAAGCUGACCCAGGACCAGCUCAUUUCCAAUUAUUCAAUGAAAGAAGUAGUCGAUGCCUUCCUAGCCGAAAAUGAAUGGGCAUUGGAUUAUUAGAAUAAAUUAUUGGCAAUACACUCCGGACUCCAGGGAGAAAAAAACACACAUACCGAAAGUAAUAACUUACACGAUUGUGAAAACUAUUAUUGUAGAGUACGGUUAGACUUUUCCAUUGUUCUCUCCCGUUUUCUAACAUAGAAACUUCGGAUAGAACGAAUCGAUAUAAUAGAGGGGAAUCGGACUAGUGAGGAGUGAAGAAAUAUAUCCUCUGUUGAUUUGACUGUUCCACGUUGUUAUUUGUUUAGUUCGCAGCGCACCCCCUAACCGUUGUUCGAUUUGUUGUUUGGAUCAAUGACAAUGCUAUCCUCAGAGCCAAGAAGCCAAAAGAUCGCAAUAAACUAGAUGUGGUUUUCAAAUUUCUUCGUUACGUGUACCGCUUAUAGCGAAUUUUUCGUCUCUGUGUAUCUGAAAACAAAACGUUGUAUAUUGCAUGAAACUUACUCUUAUUUAAUAUGAAUAAGAAAACAAAAACUCCGAGCUCUCCCUUCAGAGGGGAGAAAGCAAAUGCUGCUGCAAAAAGUGAUAGAAAGUAUCAUAUCUUGUACGUCUAGAGUGAUUAUAGUUUCUAAAUAAUACGAGAUGAGUAGUAUUACAAUUAUGUUUCAAGCAAAAAAUAUUGAGUAAAUAAAGCAACUUUAUUUGGAUCA